GCAGCAAUUGAUGACGAGGGGCAUUGAAGCGAAACCCGAGAGUGCUCAUUUUCGUGCAUGCAUGUGAGAUACAGACCUCACAUCAAAGAAGCAUCAUUGUCGAUAUUUGCUCUCCACCUCGAUGUCGACCAGAGGAGGGCGUAACCAAUCAUGGAGUCGGCUAAAGCCCGUCAAGCAGGAUAUUUUCGAGGAGAUGGGCUUGAGAUCCAAGGGAGAUAGACAGUACGUCCUUGAGCCAAUCUCAUCUUCCGCCUUUAUUUACUUACUGCCCCGCCAGGCUUCUUGACUACAAAACCCAGGAACGUUUCUACAACAAGAUAGUCGAACGGUACUUGAUAUUUGCAGCCGAUGCUCGCAGAGGAGACGAAUUAAACCGAAAACUUACACGUCUAAAUAUUGCACAAGACAAUGCGAAUCGCGAUGCAGCUCCAACAACACAAACAGUGCCAAACCCCGCAGACCUUAUCGAUGGCAAACCCGACACAAACGAACUCGACGCUAUAACAAUGGGAAUGAGAAAGCUUCGGGAAGGAAUCGUGGCAUCGAAAAGAAUAGAUGAUUUCUCCAUCCAGGCAUAUAUAUUUUGCAUACGCCUGUCAAUAUUGCUGAAACAUUGGGAAUCGUAUCAUCCAGCGAUGCGCCAUCUACUUCAAGUAAUGCACCCAAAACAUCCACUUUCAAGUACCGAACUUCAGGAAUUUGCAGCAUACCAAGUGCUAGAUUUGGCUUGUAGGCAAUCGGAUCUGGCAAAGGCAUACUCUAUCAGACUCGCACUCGGGUUGCGAGACUCCAAAGUCGACGAAGUUUUGAAAGCGAUUGCUCACGAUAAUUACUUUCUAUUUUGGAAGGUAAAGAGGGAGGUUGAUGGUUAUAAGGCAAAGAUCAUGGAAUUCGCGGGAGAGGAGAUGAAGCUGCAUGCUUUAAAGUCGAUUGGGAAAACGUACCUCAGUAUCGAUCUAGAUUCUUUGGAGCAACUUACCGAUUCUAGUUGGAGCGUUUUGACUGAGGCAUAUAGCGUGGGAUGGCAAUUAGAAGGGACAAAGGUUGUAAUUCGAAAACCAAAGCCGCGUUGAAAGUAUAUAAAUCCCUAUGAUGCCAUUACUUUCAUUCGAUUUCUGGAAUACACGAGGUUAUAUGUUAUAGGUAUGUUGAUUAGCAAUGAUCAUCGUCGAUAGGUCAACCUCUGACAAUUCACAUCAGGUCAUAGAGUUGAUCUUGUUCACGAUCAUGACUAUUGAUGAUGUAUGGUCAUUAUCAGCAUGAACUUGAGAUUCUAGAAUCUCCGCGUGGUGUACGCAAGAGAGACCAUACUGGAUUUGAACACUGCCAUUACCUUUUUGUGGUUGCAACACAGAAAUCUAAUCGGUACGACAUGAACGUAAUCGGGCGCCACAACAACAUGCGUGUGUUCGUCAGUUAUCCUUUAAUCGUAGGCUACGAAUCCACGAUUCUGGUACGACGUGUAUGUUGAAUAUAUCGCGUUCUUAUUUCAUGAGAUUUUAUGAAGGAAACCUUUCGAUCAUCUCAUCCGAAAGAUGAAGGAAAUUAACCUGAAGUAUCACAUCAACCUUGAGGGAUCGAUAAAUACUUGCGAGAGGCUUAUCA